CGAUUUCUUCUCCGUCGUCUCCGUCUCUCUGCAAUUUUCGGAGGAUUCCCGACGUGAAUUAAAUACGGAGAGACGGAAUCAGAGAGAGAGAGACAGGGGGGGAGGGAGGGAGAUUGUGGCGUGCCGAGGCGGGAUGCGAUUCGCGAGCUCGGGGCGGGCAAUGCGCGGGCCCUGCCGCUGCAUUGCGCUGAUUUUGCUCUGCAUGGUGGCCUCCGCCGCCGCCAGAUCUGAGAAGGAGGUGCGGGAGAGGUUCUACGGCAGCCUCCUCAACUCGACCGCGCCGGAGUCCGGCGAGGGGAGCAUCGCCAAGAUGUUCGAUCGGGUCCUCGAGAAGGAGUUCUCCGACAACGAACAGCCCGAAGGAACCGAAGAAAGCAGCUUUAACAACAGUGUAGCUGGUCAGCAGGCAGUGCUGGAGACUGUAGCUAAAAUUACUCACGACAAGGUCAAAAGAAAUGAUACGCGAGAAACGAAUGGUACAAAGCCAUUUCAGCUUCAGGAUGUUUUCUCCCUUGAAAGUGAAGAUUCUGAUGACACUACAACCUUAAUUGACAACAAGGAUAACGAGUUUGUGAUGUCAAACAAGAAAUCCAAAUAUCCCAUACUUCAAGUUGAUCUGAGAUUAAUAUCUGAUUUGGUGGUUGUCAUAGUUUCUGCCGCCAUUGGUGGAAUCAUUAGUUCUUGCCUGGGACAGCCAGUAAUUGUUGGUUAUCUUCUUGCUGGUUCAAUCAUAGGACCUGGUGGUCUCAAAUUCAUUCACGAGAUGGUUCAGGUUGAGACUGUGGCACAAUUUGGUGUCGUUUUCCUCCUUUUUGCUUUGGGCCUAGAGUUCUCUUUGACAAAGUUAAAAGCUGUAGGGCCUGUUGCUGUCCUAGGAGGGCUACUUCAAAUUGUGAUAUUCAUGUUUUUGUGUGGCAUAAGUGCCAUGGUUUGUGGAGCUCAGUUGUCUGAGGGCAUAUUUGUGGGUGCUUUCUUAUCAAUGUCAUCAACGGCAGUGGUGGUUAAAUUUCUUGUGGAACGAAAUAGCAGUAAUGCUCUUCACGGUCAGGUGACCAUCGGGACUCUAAUUUUCCAGGAUUGUGCUGUUGGGUUACUAUUUGCUCUUCUGCCAGUUUUGGGCGGUAAUAGUGGCCUACUUCAAGGAAUGAUAUCUAUGGGGAAGCUGCUUCUUGUACUGUCCAUAUUUCUCACUGCUGCAUCUGUUUUAUCCUGGUCAUUUGUACCCCGCUUUCUGAAGCUAAUGAUACAGUUAUCAUCACAGACAAACGAACUAUACCAGCUUGCUGCCGUUGCUUUCUGCUUAUUAUCUGCAUGGUGCAGUGAUAAAUUGGGCCUCAGUCUCGAGCUAGGUUCCUUUGUUGCUGGAGUUAUGAUAUCCACCACUGACUUUGCACAGCAUACUCUUGAUCAGGUGGAACCUAUUCGGAAUUUAUUUGCUGCUCUCUUUCUCUCCAGCAUUGGAAUGCUUAUAAAUGUACACUUUCUUUGGAAUCAUGUGGACAUACUUCUGGCAUCUGUUUUGUUGGUUAUUGUCAUUAAGACGGCAGUUGCUGCAAUGGUUACAAAGGCCUUUGGAUAUAGCGUCAGGACGUCAUUUCUUGUUGGAGUGUUGCUUGCUCAAAUUGGAGAAUUUGCCUUUGUUCUCCUCAGCCGUGCCUCAAAUCUUAAUCUUGUUGAGGGGAAAAUGUAUCUUCUUCUUCUCGGAACAACAGCCUUUAGUCUGGUGACGACUCCUCUGCUGUUCAGGUUGAUACCUGCAGUGAUGAACUUGGGUGUACUCAUGCAUUGGUUCCCUUCAGAAAGCGGCACACAACCUGAGGAGAAGGUUUCCAGAGGUGCAUAACAGAUUUCUGUAAUAAUUCUAAGGUUAACAAGUAUUUUUUCGCGGGAGAACAGCACGUUGAUCUCAAUCAAUUGUGAAUACCGGGGCUUCAAUGCCACACUUACUUUUCAGAUAUACAUAAGGGUCCAGUUGAUACUCCAAGUUCCACAAUAGAAUCGGAAUCAGCUCACAGCUUCUCUGUACAUACAUAGGGAUUUUGUUGGCUAUAGUGUACAUAUUUCCAUUCAGUCAUGUCUGGGGAGUGGCUUUUGACCUUAAUUUGUCGGCUUAAAUCGGUCUGAUCGUCUUCCAUGUCGUAAACGAUUGUGCUUGUGUGGAAAGGAAAAGAAGUUUAUGGAGAAUAGAUUGAAAUAUUGAUUAUUUACUUUUUACAACA